ACAUUUGUGAAUACUACUCUUGUUGUUUGAUAACUAUAACCUUAUUUAUUCUUCUAGCAUUGUAACCUAUGUCAAUAUACAUAUAUAAUGCAUUUAAUAAUUAUAUAUUAUCGUCUAGUUAUCUAGUAGCAAGAAAAUUACUGAUCGAUACAUUGUCAUUAACUAUUACGUUCUAUAUGAUUUAUAAAAUUCUUUUUCUUUAAAAGAGAAUUUUAUACGGAUAAAAACAUCUGCAAACAUUUAGUUGCUUUCGAAUCAAUGUAAAUCUAAGUAGUCGAUAGCUUUCGCAUUUUUUUCUAGUAUCUUGUUAUACUAUUAAAUAUUAUACGAUUUAUAUAUAAUAUAAUAUUAAUAUUAUAAAUCGAAUUUUCUUGAUAUUAUGUUAAAACAAUUGACACCUGAGAAAGCUAUCCACAUUACUUGGAUCAGUGUAGCUAUAACUUUUUGUUGGCCACUUCCUGCCAAUAGUACCAAAAUUCAAGUAUUUAUGUUCAAAACUCUACAAAUAAUUAGUAUUAUUAAUGCCUUUAUAUUGCUUCUACCAUUGCUAUAUUCGGUUUAUCUACAUUUCGAUGAUAUUGUUAUUGUCUUUAAAUCUAUCGCUUUGUGUGUAGGUUUGUCUCAAAUGAUUAUUCAAACUGCUAUAUGCUUCGUUAAAUACAACACUCUGCAACGUGUAAUUGAAGAAAUGAUAACAUAUGUGAAAGAAGCUCAACAGUACGAAAGGAAAAUUUUCCAUAAAUAUAUCAAGAAGUGCUACACAUUUUACGGAUGUUCUAUAAUAUGUAUGUAUCUGACUGGGCUUGCUUUCAUAAUAGGACCUGCAUUCUCGCCAGCUUCCUUCCCAGCAGAUGCAGAAUAUCCAUUUCAAAUUAAUUAUAAAUCAAUAAAAGUUAUCAUAUAUUUGCAACAGACUUUAGUUGGUUUUCAAUGCACUGCACAUAUAUGCUUAAGCGUAUUUGGCGCGCUUUUACUUUGGUUCACGGCCGCAAGAUUUGAAUGUCUGAUCGUGGAAUUGAAAAAAAUCACUAAUAUUAGUAUGCUGAUUGUUUGCAUUAAAAAACAAUUGCAUAUAAGGAGAUAUGCAAAAAAAGUGGUAAUUGGUUUUCGCUUUAUAAUACUUUGUGCCAUAGGAAUAAGUACAUUUGCUCUGACUUUAGGUGGAGUUAUAAUGAUAAAAGUAAAGUUCUGUUUUAUAUAUAAAUAUAUAUUAUAUAAUAUAUAUAAUAAAAUUAAUUAUGUAUAUCCCAAACAGAAGGCACCAUUUAUUGUAAAAGUACAGUUCAUAACUUUGAUUUUGACUUUACUCACAGAAAUUUAUAUAUAUACGUGGCCUGCUAAUCACAUGAAAGAUAUGAGCAUAAAUGUUUCACAAAGUAUAUACAAUAUAACAUGGUAUAAACAGACAUUACGAAUGCAGAAAGAUGUGUUAACGGUAUUAAUGUAUCAACAACCAAUAAUUCUUUCUAUUAAUUGUAUAUUGCCAGAGCUUACAUUACAUUAUUAUUGCUCGUAUCUAUCCAAUGCUUUCUCUAUCUUCACAGCUAUACGUGUCAUCAUAGAAGAUAAUUCAUCAUAAAUUUAACAUUUUUCUAUUAUGUAAUUGUUAAAAUACUUAACGAGAUUUUUAUGCAAAUAAUAUAU